AUGAACAAAUAAUUAUUAUCCACAGUAUACACUAGUACAUAUUUACCUUAAAAAAGGGAAUAAUUAUUUCCUAAUUAGGAAAUAUAAAAAUAAAUAUAAGCGUAUGGAACAUCUAAUUGGACAGAAAAUAUGAUACAAAUAAAAGAAAAAUUAUAAGCAAAAGAUAUAAUACUAAGUAAUUAUACUGAAGAAUCUAUUUUAGAAUAAGAUAAUUCAUAAAAUUAAAUAUUAAUAUAAAAAGAUGGUUUUAUUAGUAAUUUAAGUUUCUGGAAUGACUUAAUACUUAUAGGAGAAAAAUUAAAAAACGCUCAACCUUAGUAUAUUGCAUUAAGGCAUUUUUUAUAAAUAAUAAAUAAAUAAUUACCUUCGGCUGUAUAUAUUCCUUUUGUAUGGAAAAGUAUAAGACAUUAUAACAUUUUAAAUAUUGUAGUUGAAGAAACAAAGCUUUUUUCUUCAAAAGAGCGAUCUCCCUUUUCAAUUUGUUGUGAAGUUUAUAGACCUGAAGAAAGUUUUUUUCAUGAAAUAGAGAAUCUUUUUUAAGAAUAAGAAAUAGAUAAUUAUCUGUCUUUUCCUUUUACUACAAAUCGAGAAGCUCGAGAAGAAGAUAAUCCUUUUUGUAAAUAAUCGUGUUGCUUUGAGAAUAAAGGGGAAUAUUUUUAAAAUAGUUCUUUUAUUAAGGAAAAUAUUGAACAUUAUACAAAUAGGAAAAUAAAUAUUGAUUUAGAAUAAAGAUAAAAAUAAAUUGAAGAAUAAAAACAUAAUUAAUUAUAAAAAUAAGAUGAAAUAAUAAGUUAAAAUAAAGAAAAAAAUAUUCAAUAAUUGAUUUUUGGUGAAGAUUUUAUAAAAAAAGAAGAAAGAAUUCGAGAAAACUCUCCAUUUGGAAAUUUAAAAACAUGGAAAUUAAUCGAAAUAAUAGUAAAAAAUGAAGAAAAUAUUAAAAUGGAAUAAUUCGCUACUUAAUUAAUUUAUUAAUUUCAUUAAAUCUUUAAAAAAUAAAAACUUCCUUUAAGUCUUUUCCCUUACGAAAUAGUUUCUUUAUCUUAAUAAGCUGGUAUAUUAUAAAUGGUGCCAAAUGCAGUCACUUUUGAUCAUUUAAAACGUACUAUGUGGUAAGAUUUUCCUUAAAAAAAUAAUUUCGGAGAUUUCUUUGAUAUUAUUUUUCCUUCUUAAAAUCUUUAAAGUGCCAAAUAUAAUUUUUUGCAUUCUCUAUGUGCUUAUUCUUUAGUAUGCUAUUUUCUUUAAAUCAAAGAUAGGCAUAAUGGUAAUAUUAUGUUACACAAAUCUGGACAUAUUGUACACAUUGAUUUUGGGUUUUUCCUUUCUAGUGCUCCAGGAAAAGGAGGGGUUCAUAUAGAAAAAAAACUGCCUUUUAAACUUAUUUCGGAAUAUUUGGAAAUUUUAGGUGGUGUUGAUGGAUAAUUGUUUGGUUUAUUUAGGAAAUUAUUUUUUAAAGGAUUCUAAGCAGCUUAAAAACAUUAGGAUGAAAUUCUAAUUUUGGUAAAUAUGAUGUAUGAGGGUGAAGGGUCAAAUAUGUAAUGUUUUUAAAAAGGAGAAACGUGUAUUUAAGAACUUUAUCAAAGAUUUAACCCUUAAGGGAUUAGUAAUGAUGGAGAUUUAAAUGUUUUUUGUAAUAAUUUAAUUAAUUAAUCACUUGAUAAUUGGCGUACUAAAUGGUACGAUAAAUAUUAGUAUUUUUGUUCUGGCAUAUUUUAUUGAUUUUUUGUUUACUUCUAUUUUUUUUCUUUUUGAUAGAUGUAAAAUAUCUUAAGUAAAAAAUAUAUUUUUAUAUUUAAAAAAUAAAUAAUAAUCACAAAAAAUACAUUUAUAAAAUUCCACAAA